AUGUCUACUAGAGAGUUGUUGGCGCUACGAACUUUGAGAAAUAAUCACGAUUAUGUUAUUAAGCGAGCAGAUAAAGGUGGAGCUACAGUUGUUUGGAGAAGAGAUUUGUAUAUUUCAGAGGGAGAACGUCAGUUAUCUAAUCAAGCUACUUAUCAACCACUUCCAGAUGAUCCGACUUCUAGUGAUAUAGCAACUGUAAAACAGACUAUCAAAUCUUUAAUUAGGAAUAAUCAACUUCCCGCUACAGCUAACAGUUUAAUCAACACCGAUGCUACCUGUCCAAAUUGGUAUAUGUUACUUAAGAUUCAUAAACCUGAUAACCCUGGAAGACCUAUUGUGUCGGCGUGUAAUAGUCCUACUGUUGUCAUUAGCGAAUUCGUGGACAGUGUUUUGCAACCUAUUGUUCAGAAAUUACCUACAUAUAUUAAGGACACUAAUGAAGCCGUUAAAAUGUUUGAAAACUUCGAAUUUAAACACGCUGGAGGAUAUAUAUUUACUAUGUACGUUAAAUCUUUAUAUACAUCUAUACCUAUCAACGAUGGUUUAGUCGCACUUAGAUAUUUUUUGGAGAAAGACGGUAACAAACCCCGUAUAUGCUCAGUGGACACUAUAAUUCGGCUUUCAGAACUGGUCUUAUGUACUACAGCAUUUGCCUUUAACCAUAAAUAUUAUCGCCAAAUGUCUGGAGUUAGCAUGGGUAGCAAAAUGGCACCAUCGUUUGCAUGUCUCUUCAUGGGUCAUCUCGAACACCAAAUCUUGGCACAAUUCAAAGGACCUAAACCCGAACUAUUUAAACGUUAUAUUGAUGACUGCAUAGGGGCUACCAGUGGGAGCAUUGAAGAAUUACAUGGAUUUAUUAAUUUCGCUAACAAUUUUCACCCAGCUAUUGCCUUCACUUAUGAAAUUUCCUCGAAUUCGAUGGCUUUCUUAGAUAUUAAAUUAUCUAUUGAGGAAUUACGGCUCACUACAUCAGUGCAUUAUAAAUCUACGGAUGCACAUACUUACCUCAAUUACGCUUCUUCGCAUCCACCAUCGUGCAAACAGGCCAUACCAUAUUCACAAUUUCUGAGACUCAGAAGGAUAUGUAGUAAUGACGAGGACUUUAAAUCAAAAACCCAAGAAAAAACAUUUAAAGGUUACGUAAACAAUUUGUUUUUAAAGUUCUCAUCUGUGUGGUUUACGGUACUACCUGUCUCUUAUACACAUCUAGAUGUGUAA